AUCACCACAAGCACGAACCGCGCAAGGGAACGCUCUCAUUAGCACUCUUUGUCAGUCUUCCACAAACCCUCCCUCGAUCACCGACCGACUCGUCACAAAGAAAUGAAGGCAUCCACCACCCUCACUCUCGCGACCAUUGGCGCCCUAACCCACGCCCAGACCUUGGACGUGCUCCCCAACCCGGCCGCCUCGCAGCUCAACGCCGCCGCCAGCGCAUACCAGGCCGGCAUCCAGAGCCUCAACUCCUGGAUCCUCUCACAGCAGGCCGGCGUGACUGCCACCGGCUCCGCCAUGAACGAUGCCUAUGUCAGCAUCCAGUCCGAGGCCGCGGCCAUCGGCUCGAGCAUCCAGGGCGAGCUGGACGGCGUCGUCGCCAGUGUCACCCAAGCUGCCGGGACCACGGGUCUGCCUGUCACUUACAUCACCGGCGGCGGCGGACAGGCGUCUGCUGUCACCGCCGUCAUCAACGGUAUCACCAUCACAGGCUACGGAGACCUGCCGACCACCUCCCCGACGGCUUCCGUGACCAGUGAAUCCAGCAACCCCUCAGCAGCCAUGACAAACUCGACUUCCAUCCCGGCCGCAACCAGCACGCCCUCGUCUCCAACUUCCAGCUCAGUCCGCGCCACCGGUGCCGCUAUGGCUGUACAGACGGCCGCUCUGGGCGCUCGGUUCCUCGUUGCCGGAGCCGCCGUCCUGGCUGUUGCAUUGUAAGAUGUGUCUGAGAGAGAAACCAGACGGGCUUCAGCAAAAAAGAGGCAUGAGCCUUGAGGCUAUACUGUGGUCACGGUGUAGCUUGCCUAGCUGCAUUCGCAGAGGAUGUCGCAAUUGUAUCAUUAUAUGUGAAAGAUGAGGCAGCUUUGACGCAGUACUUAAACGAUGUUUCACACAGCAUUUGGCUAG